AGGAUGGAGACUCAAGUUUACUUUGUGGAAGAAGGCAAUGUUCUAUAUUUCAGGAAAUCAAUGGGAUGAAAGUCCAGUACUGGAAAUUCCUCCCCAGGAAGCUCUGUUGAGUUUGGCAAAAGUUCCACAUUCUGAUGUCGCAAGACCUUUGAACCCCGGAUUUCCGUUAAACAUCGAGAUAUUAUAUAGCUUCCAGCACACUGCCGAAAUAGAAACCAUUUCAACAUGAAGAACCCCCUGACGGAUUGCUUGAACAACAAAUUGUACCAGGAUCUAAAGGAAUUUUCUCAAAAUGGAGAGAAUUUAUGCAAACAACUCACAUCGGUCCUUCAGCAAAGGGCUAACCUAGAGAUUAGCUAUGCCAAAGGACUUGAGAAACUGGCAAGUAAGCUUAUGAAAGCAGUACAAAGCACAAAAAAAAACUGCAUCUGGAAUGCAUGGGCCCGGGCAUCAGAGGGGAUGAAAUCAGCAGCCGACUUGCAUCAAAAACUUGGCAAAGCAAUUCUGCUGGAAGCAAUAAAACCUACACAUCAAAGCUUGAGUGUGCACAAGAAGAAGAAAAGAACCCUGGAUGAUGAAGUGGAAAGGACUGCAAAUCUGGUCAUUGCCAACUGGAACCAGCAAAUUAAGGCCAAGAAAAAAUUAAUGGUGUGUACAAAGAAACAUGAAGCUCUUUUCCAUUCUCUUGAAAGCUCUAAGCAAUCAGUGUCAGAAAAGGAGAAACAAAAGUUACUCAAGAAAUUGAAAAAAUCUACCCAGAAGAUGGCCAAGGAAGAUGAAGAUUAUUAUCAAAAGAAUAUGGCUGGCUAUAAGACCAGACUCAAAUGGGAAGUCACUUUAGAAGACUGCUGCCAGAGCACCUUGGACCUGGAAAAGGAGCGAAUCCAGAUGUCGUGCAGUAUGCUAAACCAAUACAACCAGUACGUUUCCAGUUUUGGGCAUAUGUUGGCAUCUUGUUACGCCCCAAUUCACACUGCCAUCAGCAAGGUGGACGUGGACAAAGAUAUCCAGGCUUUAAUGGAAGAAAUGGAAGCUUUACCUGCAGAAGCAAAGUCUGAAUUCUUAUUAACCGAUUACUUUGAAGAAGACUCUACGAAUGGAAUGGAUAAAGAAAGACGGAAAUGUUCAAUAAAAGCGAAAGUGGUCAGACUGCAAGAGGACAUCAAAAAGGCCUCACGAGAGCAGGAAGGACUGGAGCAAAUGCGUAACACCUGUGCCGAAAAUCCCUCCUUUUCCGAUGCAAAGAAACUGAAGGACACAGCCAGACAGCUGGAUGAGACAAAGCUGAAAUUGGCACUUUUGCAAGCAAACUUAUACAAACUGUCGGGCGUGCUAGCUGACCUCGAGCACAGUCCCAGGCCUACACAUCUCAGCAGCAGCUGCAUCUCCAAGUGGAAAGAAAAGGAGCAGACACACAGCUUGGUGAAAAUAUCACGCCCCUUCAGGAUAAAGAGAAUGGAGGGUUUGGCAAACAGAACAGUUCCCACUAAACCAUCAAGUAAUACAGGCACUUCCUCAGGAGUCUCUAACCUCGCUAGCGGUGUGUGCAAAGCUUUGUACACCUUUAAGGCCAGGAGCGAUGAUGAGCUCAAUUUGGAAAGAGGGGACCUCGUGUCUAUUCACCAGAAGGACGAUGAAGGAUGGUGGUUUGGGUCCUUAAAUGGAAAGAUGGGUUAUUUUCCUUCUGCAUAUGUGGAAGAACUGCCUUUGCCCAGCAGUGACACGACUUCACAGGCAUGAAAAGGAGGCAACCCUCAUCAGCUUAAACCUACAAACCUUACUGCAGUUAUCUUUAAAACAGAGGUGACUCACCCAUACACACACACUGAUUCUUCAUGCCUCCACAAUAGGUUGGUACCGCAGAAUCCACUUCAGCUUUCAUUGCUCCUGCUGGGUUGGAUUUUGCCAUGAGCUGGGAGUGGUUGAAAGCCUCACACUCCCAGAGGUCAGUGGCUUAAGCCUGGGCAAGCUUAGCUCCAUGGUCCACUCUGACUCUGGCCAUAGCAAGGGAGGGGAUGAUGCAUGAUGAGGAAGGACAAGACAAAGCAAGGGAUGAGUGGGCUUCCCCUCCUUGAGCUCCAGGGAGCCCAGCUCUGCUAACAUCAAGCCCCAAGGAUCUUAAGAGUUCCACUGCCAGGGUCUGCUUGGCCCAACUCUUCCUGGGAUGAAGUAAGACUUUCUGGGGAUCAGUGGAGCUCACAGAGGCUUGAAGAGGUCAUGCUGGCUUCUUCCAGUAAUCCUGCCUGAUUCCUGCAGGUCCCCUUUUCCACGACUGUACCUGUGAAGAGUGUCAGAAAGCCUAGCCAUCACCCCCAGACACCUCCCUUCUUUUCUUACCCCCCACACCCCUCAGCAUGAAAACUGAGCCAACUGACUGGUAAUUUGAGGUAAGAAAAUAGAAUGAAUACAUAACCUGAAAAACUGCCUCUAGAAGCCUAGACUGUGCCAUCGUUUAGCAUGAUCUGAGUACGUAUGGGACAAUAGCCAGAUCCCACCUGAAGCACUGGGCACGGUGCUGCCCUUGAUAAAGCUUCUGAUCCAUCAGCAGAGCUUAAAGAGGAAGGCUGUUUGUAUAAAUGAAGUGUGGUAAUAAAAAACAGAAACAUCUCAA